CUGCACCAAUAGUGCUGACUGCUGAGACAGCCCCUGCAGUUCAAUUUCCAUGGCUCUCCAAAGAAACCUUCUGUGUCGGCGCCUCCACUCCCUCCUCAACCCCAAAACCUCUCACCCCCUCACAUUCAAAUUCCCACACAGACCCAUCGCAUCCUCAGUUGCCCUAGAACCACAAACCGAGCAAAACCAGAAACCCCCUCUCAGUACAUUCUUCCUCGAAGCGGUGGGUCUGUCGGAGAAAACCGCCACCAACGGCGGCGAAAGAGAACAACAAGAAGAAGAAGGUGACGGUGGCGACCCCGAGCUGCAGAACAAUCUGAGGCAGUUAGAGGAAGAGGUGAGAAGCUUCAAGGAGAAAACGAAGAACAUGCCGAAGAAACCUGAGAGGAGGAGCUUGUAUUCUGCGUUCACCAACAAACUUUCGCCUGUUAGUAUUUCGUCGCCGCCGCGGGGAAAGGAUGAGAACGCGAGGAGGGAACAACAAGUUAAGGCGCUUUCACCUGAUACGCUGGCGCUUGUUGAGUAUUUCUACGAAAAGGGGUAUUUUAAGGAAGCUAAUUUUGCUAAGGGUAAGGAAAGAUUUGACCCUGCUUGGUUUGAGAAACUUCACGCCUUGUGUUUUAUCAAGUGUGCAUCAAAGAAUUUUGCAAGAGAUAAUCAAGAAAUAGCCAAGUGGCUAUCAGGAAGUGCAUUGAAGCAAGUGGCAAUGUUUGGUUGCCCCUCCAGCGACCGGGGUGAUGUCUUUCCUGCCAAAAGACUACGGAAAUUUUUUGAGGUUCCAGAAAACACGGUUUGCAGUAAAUGCACGCUGCAACAAUCGUGCAUGUUUGCCAAUCAAACUGUGUGGAAAUGUGACACAAAUACAUUGGAUUUGGGGAUAGUUAUGAAGGUUAUUACUUCAUAUGCUUUAGAGUCAGUGCAUCCUCAGCUUGUAGUGCCUGAUGAAGUAAAAAAAUCAGUGAAUCAAUUGCUGAAGGAGGUUGUGAAACUGAGUCAAACCACCUGAGAUUCUUGGUUAACAAAACAGAAUAACUUGUGCUCUUUUAACAUUUUCUCACAUUUCCGAGAAGCUGAAUCACUCACCAAACCACCUGGUAGUUUGCAUCCAUAAGCAGUCUAUUUUUCGGAGAUUAGAUGAUCAAGUCAAGAUCAAGAGAAGGGAUUUUAUCUGGAAAAUCUAUUCGCCUCCAUGUUUUGGAAUUUCUGAUACGGAUCGCAACAUUUUCUUUUGAAGAUUAUACUGUGUAUCUCAUUUGACUGUUAGAAGAGGAUUUGAGAUCUAAUUAAUGAUCAGGAACCACUUAACUGUAGCAUUUAACCAAAACAUGUGAUAAUUAUUCUGCUGCUAAGUGUUUCUUGUGUUUCAAGAAUUCAAUUGGUGAUAUUGAAAUUUGAAAUGUGGUCAUAAA